AUGGUGUCCCAAUCAACCCUCCUUCCUCCUCAGUUGGCAGUGCGAGAAGCUCGUCCAGAUGAUCCACUAGAAUGUAGUGUACAUAGCCUUCCUAAGCCUCUGCUGCGAGAAUUUCAACAUGUUUUUGGCCAAGAAUACCUCGAAGAAAUGGUAAAAGACAAUAAUAAAUCGCUUGAGCUCCUUGCUAUACCGACCAACCAACAAGCUCGAAAAGACCUGGUGGCUGUUGGAGAUGACAUUGAGUUUGAAAAAGAUAGAUUGCUUAAUGUAUUCAUGGAAUUUGGAGACGAGCUAUGCAAAAGAAUCCGAUCUUAUGGGUUCUGGGCUGACUACAUUGAUCCAUGCUCUGGUCUUCCAAUGAUUACGCCGAAUUGCAACAAGGUCUACUCUGAAGUGGAUGGUAUGGAGUGCCUUUUAAAUUACAAGGCACAUAACGCUGGGUUCUGUAAGAUCCUUCAACACCCACGUUGGGGUAGUGCUGUGUAUCCAGCUACUAUGUUUGCACAUGCUCCUCCGGAUCUUGUCAUCAAGCUAGUUCAGGAAUAUCAAGCAAAAAUGACGAGCAAAUAA